AUCCUUGAUCCAUCUUAUUUUGUCCUUUUUUCUUUUGGAAGUUAUCGCAACUUUGCUUAAGUCUAAUUGAACUUAUAAAAUACUUGGAUAACUAGUAUCCCCAUGUUUAUAUACAACAAGCUUUUGAUUGCCAAUUUUACUCAAACUAAUUACUAUUAGAAAUAUGCCGUAGUUCACAGAAUUUCAUUUUUUAUUCAGCUAGUAUAUUUCAGUUAAAUAUGUGCUCGUUAAAUUUAGUAAGAGUUUGACAUGUCAUUUACCAAAAAGUAGAGUUAAGUUAAUAAUUAUAGUACACAGGACAAAUAAAUUGGUUUGGAGAGACCUCUUGGGUGGGAGCCUGGGAGGUCGGGUAGCACUCUUUGAUAUUUCAUCCAAAUCUGCCAACUAAGUAGUGAAUACUUAUUCAGAUAGUCCUGUGGGGACAUGACUGCAAAUGAGGUUUGAUCCUUAGCGAGAGCGUGGAUCUGGAAGGGGCCAUGUAAUUUGGGAGGAAGGGAAUAUAAAUCUAUGACAAAAAUAACAAAACCCACUAGAGACAUGAAAAUUAGACAUUCUAAGUCACUUUCCUACGCGUCACAUUCAUUCGAUGAUCUGGUUGGUCACGUGAUCAUCACGCAAUGAGUGUGUGCUAUAUAAGAGUGCCACAUUUUCAUGUCUCCCUAGAAUCGCUCUUUCCCUAAAGAGUGGUUUAUCACUCAAUUUGACUUUUGUCUGAAGUUCUGCUCACAGGUGGAUCACAACAAGAAAUCAUAUGAACUUUGGGUAUUAUACAUCAAUAGUCGGGAAACACUCGAUCAGCGGUUGACUGCAUAUGAUGCUGCAAUAUCUGCACUAUCCCGUCAUGCGCCCGCUCCAAACCAAGAUGCCCUUUUUGCCAGCGAAUGCAUCUUGGACCUCAUUCUCCAGAUGCUGAAUUUUCUAUCUAUGUCUGGAAAUGUUGGAAAAGCAAUUGAGAGGAUCUGCGAUCUCUUUCAGACACCAGACAAAUCUGACAGUCCUCCACAAGAUAAGUUGUUCCUCCCUGAUAUAAUUCCAUGCUUAACAAUUUCCAAUAAAUGUGUUUUCUGGGUAUGUUGUGUCUACAUGGUUGUGUAUAAACGAUUGCCGAAUUCUAUAGUAAAACAGUUUGAAUCCCAGAAAGAGCUUUCUUCCAUAGAGUGGCCACCCGCUCAGUUAAAAACAGAUGAGAAGCAGCAAGUUCUCUCCCUGAUGGAAUUGGCUGUAGAUUCAUUAGCGUCGUAUAUCGAUAGGGAGUCUCUUGAAGUUGAAUCAAAUCUAAGAGCAGCACACCUCUUUGCUCUGAAUCACGUCAAGUUUGUUUCAGUUAUUGAAGGCAUCGAGUGUAGCAGGAACCUUCUGGGGAGAUAUAUAAAGCUUUACCCGUCUUGUUUGGAACUUGUUUUAAUGUCAGCUAGGGUAGAACACGAGUUCCGGGAUUUAAGUUACGAAGGGUUUGAAGAAGCUUUAGACAGCUGGAUGGAUGAUGUUCCCGGGAUUCAGUGUGUUUGGAAUCAGUAUGCUGAGUGUGCAUUCCGAGACGGGAGAUUGGAUCUCGUGAGGGAAUUAAUGGACAGAUGGUUCCGGUCCAUUGAUUUGCCCAAAUCAGCUUCGGUCAUGGAUGUUCAUUCUUGGCUGUCAGGUUCUACCCAGACCGAAAUCGUGUUCGGGUUACUCAAUUGCGCUUUGUACAAGCUACUGCUGCAAAACGAUCUGACCGGAGCUCGUCUGGCUUUAGACAAAGCAUUGGACGCCGCGGAUAACACUGAGACUUACAAUCACUGUGUUCAGGAGAAUAUCAUGUUUCUGAUGACUACAUCGGCAGACAGAAGUGCUUUACACGUUCUGAAAGGCUUCCUGUUUGAUACCCGAGCUUCAUCUCGAUCUGAACCGUUGACCCAAAACUUCAUCCAAAACAUCCAGAAACCCAGGCUCCAGCAACUGGCAAGGAAGCUAUUGACUCCCGUCCCCACCGACCCCACCCUGAUUAACUCUGUCCUGGAAUCAUUCUUCGGCCCAUCUCUCCUCCCAAGCACCACCCACAACCUGACCGAUACGGUUGAUUUGGUCGAGAGCCUGAUGGAAAUGCUUCCAUCAAACUAUCCCUUGGCCAUUUCAGUCUGCAAGUGGGUAUGCAAUGCCGCCUCCAGCUUACCCGCCAGCGUCUCCUUCUGGACGGGCUCCAACUUAUCGAACACGCUCUUCCAAGCGGUCCCCAUUGCGCCGGAGCAUGUCUGGGUGGAAGCCGCGGAUCUUCUGUGCGGCAUGAAAAGCUGCAAGGCAAUAACUGCUAGCUUUCACAAGAGGGCCUUGUCCAUACACCCAUUCUCGUUGAAGCUUUGGAGAUCAUACGCGGACGUAUCUACGGGUACUGGAGAGCUGGUAAAGGAAGCAGCAAGAACAAAAGAUAAUAUGAUUUGCCCGCAAAUUAGUUUAUACAAAUACCCAAAGUUGGGUACGGUUGGCAAAACGAAAUGUUAAGCCAAAGGAGAAGCAGCAAUAUUGGAUCGGAGAUAGGGCAGUGCACCAGAUCGAUGACGACGCCAGGGGGGCAGCAAAGAAGGUGAUGGUGGCCGCGAAAACCUAUGUGGAGGCAGAAGUCGCAGAUGUAGAAACAUAGAUCCGCUAAUUUGAGUGUUUCAUGCAGAAGGUAAAGAAGGGUUCCAACUUUAAGACUCAAACGUGGAAUUAAACGUAGAAUGAACAAUAAGAUAAUUGAGAAUAAACACUAAUCUAUUUG